CGCUUCGCCCCUGGGGGGACCCGAGCAGCUUUGUUCUUGGGCAGCAGCUGGGCUGGCUGCCGCUGCUGCAUUUUUUUUUUUUCUUUCCCAAGGAGGUGUCUCCUGUUUCCUUAUUUUUCUGUUUCUCACAAACUUUCUGUUUUAUCCUCUAAGUGCCAAGCCUCACCUUUUUUUACGGUAUUUAUUUAGUGGUCGGAUAACUAGCUCUCUCUCCGGACCCCCAGCUGGGGCCAGGGCGCCAGAGCCAUUAAAGAUCUAACCUAGGGAAUCAGUUUGCUAGAUUGGGGGGAGGGUGGGCGAGGUCCCUGGCAGGUGACACCCACCCCGCCCCGGAGGGGGCUGCCUGGGGCCCGCGGCUUCUCCAGACUCGCUUCUUCGGGAUCCUCCUGGACUGGGACUCCGGCCGGCAUCCCCCUGAGCCUCGCCGCUGCCAGGACAUGUUCCAGUAGACCCUUACGGCGUCUCUUUCUGGCCAAGAAACGCUUGUUUCCAAGCACGAGAGAGCCAUGGGCUGCACACGAGGGAGCGUCAAGGCCUGCCUCCUGUGGAUGCUGCUGCUUUGGAGUGGGGACCGCGGCUGUCAGGCCCAGAGGGCAGGUUGCAAAACCGUCCACUACGACCUGGUGUUCCUGCUGGACUCCUCCUCAAGCGUGGGCAAGGAGAACUUCGAGAAGGUCCGGCAGUGGGUGGCCAACCUGGUGGACACGUUCGAGGUGGGCCCGGAGCGCACGCGGGUGGGCGUGGUGCGCUACAGCGACCGCCCGGCCACGGCCUUCGAGCUGGGUCGCUUCGGCUCGCGGGCCGCGGUGCGCGCGGCAGCCCGGCAGCUGGCCUACCACGGCGGCCACACGCACACGGGCGACGCGCUGCGCUUCAUCACGCGCCACAGCUUCACGCCGCGUGCCGGCGGCCGCCCUGGGGAUCGCGCCUUCAAGCAGGUGGCCAUCCUGCUGACUGACGGCCGCAGCCAGGACCUGGUGCUGCCUGCCGCCGUGGCCGCGCGCCGCGCCGGCAUCCGCAUCUUCGCUGUGGGCGUGGGAGAGGCGCUGCGCGAGGAGCUGGAGGAGAUCGCCUCCGAGCCCACCGCGGCGCACGUCUUCCACGUGUCCGACUUCGACGCCAUCGACAAGAUCCAGGGCAAGCUGCGGCGCCGCCUGUGUGAGAAUGUGCUGUGCCCCAGCGUUCGUGUGGAGGGAGAUCGCUUUAAGCACACCAACGGCGGGACCAAGGAGAUCACAGGUUUUGACCUGAUGGACUUGUUCAGUGUGAAGACACUCUUGGGGGAGAGAGAGAACGGGGUGCAGAGCUCCUACGUCCGGAUGGGAUCCUUCCCUGUGGUGCAGAGGACCGAGGACGUGUUCCCGCAAGGCUUGCCCGAUGAGUAUGCCUUUGUCACCACCUUCCGGCUCAGGAAAUCGUCCCGGAGAGAAGACUGGUAUAUCUGGCAGGUCAUCGACCAGUAUGGCAUCCCGCAGGUGUCCAUCCGGCUGGACGGCGAGAACAAGGCCGUGGAGUACAACGCCGUGGGCGCCAUGAAGGACGCCGUCAGGGUGGUCUUCCGGGGCCCCCGGGUCCACGACCUCUUCGACCGGGACUGGCACAAGGUGGCCCUGAGCGUGCAGGCUCAGCACGUCUCCCUGUAUGUGGACUGUGCGCUGGUGCAGACGCUGCCCCUCGAGGAGCGGGAAAACAUCGACAUCCAGGGCAAGACAGUGAUCGGCAAGCGCCUCUACGACAGUGUGCCCAUCGACUUUGACCUCCAGCGGGUCGUGAUUUACUGUGACUCCCGACACGCGGAACUGGAAACCUGCUGUGACAUCCCCUCGGGUCCGUGUCAGGUGACCGUGCUGACGGAACCCUCCCCCCUGCCCCAGCCACCGCCCACCUCCGGCAGUGAGCAGAUCGGGUUUUUGAAGACCAUCAACUGCUCCUGCCCACCUGGAGAAAAGGGUGAGAAGGGCUUCGAUGGCCCCAUUGGACUCCCCGGCCCAAAGGGAGACACAGGAGCCACUGGGCCGGUGGGAGCUCCUGGACCCAAGGGAGAGAAAGGAGACACGGGCAGAGGACCUUUUGUGCAAGGAGAAAAGGGUGAAAAGGGCUCCCUGGGCCUGCCAGGUCCCCCUGGAAGAGACGGCAGCAAAGGCAUGCGGGGGGAGCCAGGAGAACCGGGCGAGCCGGGGCUGCCCGGGGAGGUGGGCCUGCGGGGAUCCCAGGGACCGCCUGGCCUUCCGGGACCUCCCGGCCCCAUCGGAGCUCCGGGUCUCCAUGGAGAACGAGGGGAAAAGGGAGCCCGGGGAGAAAAGGGGGAGCGAGGCCUGGACGGGUUCCCCGGGAAGCCGGGAGAGACUGGUGAGCAGGGAAGACCCGGUCCUCCCGGCGAGCCAGGACCCCAGGGACAGAAGGGUGCCGCAGGUCCUGCAGGCCCCCCUGGGGUUCCAGGCUCUGUGGUGCAGAGAGAGGGCCUGAAGGGCGAGCAGGGAGCCCCCGGACCACGGGGUCACCAGGGCCCACCUGGGCCACCAGGCGCUCCGGGUCUGAUGGGUCCAGAAGGCAAGGAUGGCCCUCCCGGUUUGCAAGGUCUCCGAGGAAAGAAAGGUGAGGCGGGUCCUCCUGGAGUCCCUGGCUUGCUGGGGCAGCAGGGCCCCCCAGGAUCACCUGGCGUCCCAGGCCCCCCUGGACCCGGAGGCCCCCCGGGUCUGCCUGGAGAGAUCGGCUUCCCGGGAAAGCCUGGGUCCCCCGGGCAGGCGGGGCUGCCUGGAAAGGACGGGCUAAAUGGACCCCCAGGCCUGCCAGGACCCAAGGGAGACCCAGGAGACAGAGGGGAGGACGGUCCCCCUGGACAGCGCGGCCCACGGGGUGAAGUCGGGGAGCAGGGCCUGGCCGGCCGACCUGGAGAAAAGGGAGAGGCAGGGCUCCCAGGCUUCCCAGGACUCCCAGGUGCGAGGGGAGAGAAAGGAGACCAGGGAGAGAAAGGGGCCCUGGGGCUUCCGGGCCUGAAAGGCGACCAAGGUGCAAAGGGUGAAGUGGGUCCACCGGGGCCCCCUGGAUUACCUGGCACUACGUCCCUGUUCACACCACACCCGAGAAUGCCCGGAGAACCAGGGCCCAAGGGAGAGAAGGGCGAUCCCGGCGCACCUGGGGAGCCGGGAGCGCCAGGUCAUCCUGGAGAACUGGGGCCUCGGGGGCCUGUUGGACCACCGGGUGCCAAGGGACAAGAAGGCGCCCAGGGAACGCCUGGAGCAGCCGGGAACCCUGGAGCUCCUGGAGUUGUAGGUCCCCCUGGCCCCAGCGGCCCCCCAGGAAGUGUGGGUCCCCCGGGCUCCAGGGGCCCCCCUGGGAAAGAUGGGGAGCGCGGUGAGAAGGGGGCAGCAGGAGAAGAAGGGAGCCCAGGGCCAGCCGGCCCCAGGGGCGAUCCUGGUUCCCCUGGGGUCCCCGGGCCCCCUGGAAGAGGGAAAGAUGGAGACCCGGGACUUCGUGGCCCACCGGGAUUACCAGGACCAAUGGGAACCAAGGGGGACCGCGGUGCGCCUGGGAUCCCCGGCCCUCCUGGCAACCGUGGAGAGCCAGGCGUGGCGGUUGCCGGCCCUCCGGGCCCCUCUGGACCACCAGGAGAGAAAGGUCCCCCGGGAUCUCGAGGCCCACCUGGUUUUCCCGGCCCCCAGGGACCAGCUGGCCAGGAUGGUGCACCAGGAAAUCCAGGAGAAAGAGGGCCUCCUGGCAAACCAGGCCCCUCUUCAGUACUGUCUCCAGGGGACGUAAAUCUCUUGGUGAAGGACGUGUGCAAUGACUGUCCCCCGGGCCCCCCAGGCCUUCCUGGUCUUCCAGGUUUUAAAGGGGACAAAGGUCUCCCAGGAAAGCCAGGGAGAGAAGGCACAGAAGGGAAAAAGGGGGAUGCUGGGCCCAGAGGCCUCCCAGGGCCCCCAGGAAUAGCUGGACCACAGGGAAAUAAAGGAGAACAUGGUGCAGAUGGUGAGAUUGGACAGAAAGGUGACCAGGGUCAUCCAGGAGUUCCUGGUUUCAUGGGCCCCCCAGGGGACCCCGGACCACCAGGAGCAGACGGAAUAGCGGGAGCUGCCGGACCACCAGGAAUCCAAGGACCCCCAGGGAAAGAGGGUCCUCCUGGCCCCCAAGGCCCAUCUGGAUUACCCGGCAUCCCAGGAGAAGAAGGCAAAGAGGGCAGAGAUGGAAGACCGGGGCCCCCCGGAGAGCCGGGCAAAACAGGAGAGCCAGGUCUGCCAGGACCAGAGGGUGCCCGCGGUCCCCCUGGCUUCAAGGGACACACAGGUGACUCUGGCCCGCCUGGCCCCCGGGGAGAGCCCGGCGCCACGGGGCCCCCUGGCCGGGAAGGGUCACCAGGAAAAGAUGGUGACACCGGACCUACAGGGCCACAGGGUCCCCAAGGACUGAGGGGCCUACCGGGUAAGAAUGGAUCACCUGGAUCACCGGGAGAGCCUGGCACCCCAGGAAGCCCCGGCCAGAAGGGAACCAAAGGAGAAAACGGCAGCCCAGGGCUCCCGGGCUUCCUAGGUCCCCGGGGGCCUCAGGGGGAGCCAGGAGAGAAAGGAGUCCCAGGCAAGGAGGGAGUGCCUGGGAAGCCAGGAGAGCCAGGACUCAGAGGAGAAAGGGGAGAUCCUGGCAUCAAAGGUGACAAAGGCCCUCCCGGUGGAAAGGGCCAGCCUGGCGACCCUGGGAUCCCAGGCCACAAAGGUCACACAGGCCUCAUGGGCCCCCAGGGACCACCUGGGGAGAAUGGGCCAGCCGGUCCCCCAGGGCCUCCAGGCCAGCCAGGAUUUCCAGGGCUAAGGGGUGAGUCUCCAUCCAUGGAUGUCCUGCGGCGGCUCAUCCAAGAGGAACUGGAGAAACAGCUGGAAACCAAACUCGCCUACCUCCUGGCCCAGAUGCCCUCUGCACACACGAAGUCCUCUCAAGGCAGACCCGGGCCCCCAGGGCCUCCUGGAAAAGAUGGGCUUCCAGGUCGGGCAGGCCCCGUGGGGGAGCCAGGAAGGCCAGGGCAGGGGGGUCUGGAGGGACCCUCUGGCCCCAUCGGUCCCAAAGGUGAGCGAGGAGCCAAAGGUGACCCAGGUGCACCUGGAGUUGGCCUCCGAGGCGAGAUGGGACCCCCUGGGAUCCCAGGUCAGCCGGGGGAACCUGGCUAUGCUAAAGAUGGGCUUCCCGGGAGUCCCGGGCCUCAAGGAGAGACAGGACCAGCUGGACACCCCGGACCCCCGGGCCCCCCUGGCCCCCCGGGCCAGUGCGACCCCUCGCAGUGUGCCUACUUUGCCAGCUUCGCUGCUGCUCGACCCGGUAAUGUGAAGGGCCCCUAGAAGAUGCCGGGAUGCCAGGAGACGCUGGUGGAUUUCUGAAACUUGAACGCAAAGCCCGAUGGGAAGCCAGAGGUCUUGAGACAUUUCAGCCACGUGUUUUUUUUUUUUCUCUCUUUCUUUUAUCAUGUGUGGUUUUUUUGUGUGUCUUGUUUUUCUUAAGAGACCUCAACAUUAUUAAAACCAACAGAUGCUGCCGGUCGGUCAGAUUAUAA